UCCGGCGAUGGAGGAAGCGAGCAAGGGGGCAGGUUCCUGAGCUUCGCAAUUCCUGUAUCGCCUCUGGGCUCUCAGCCUACCGGGUCGCAUGAUCCCUCCGGCUGGAGCUGGUUUUUUUGCCAGCCGCCACGAGGCUGGCUGAGUUACCGGCUAGCCGGCCGCCACCUCCUCUCCCGACCUAUGAUACAAAAGAUCUUCCGGGGGCUGCACCUGCCUGCUGUCGCCUAAGACGGAUUUGAAUCUCUUUCUCUCUUUUCAGAACCUUAUUUUGGCUUUGGAUCUUAGAAGAGAAUCACUAAGCCAGGACCAGACUCAGUAAGUGAGCAGGUGUUUUUGGACAAUGGACUGGUUGAGCCCAUCUCUAUUAUAAAAAUGUCUCAAAGCAACUGGGAGCUGGUGGUUGACUUUCUCUCCUACAAGCUUUCCCAGAAAGGAUACAGCUGGAGUCAGUUUAGUGAUGUGGAAGAGAACAGGACUGAAGGCCCAGAAGGGACUGAAUCAGAGAUGGAGACCCCCAGUGCCAUCAAUGGCAACCCAUCCUGGCACCUAACUGAUAGUCCCACGGUGAAUGGGGCCACUGGCCACAGCAGUAGUUUGGAUGCCCGGGAGGUGAUCCCCAUGGCAGCAGUGAAGCAAGCUCUUAGGGAGGCGGGCGAUGAGUUUGAACUUCGGUACCGGCGAGCAUUCAGCGACUUAACAUCUCAGCUCCACAUCACCCCGGGGACAGCAUAUCAGAGCUUUGAACAGGUAGUGAAUGAACUCUUCCGGGAUGGGGUAAACUGGGGUCGCAUUGUGGCCUUUUUCUCCUUCGGCGGGGCAUUGUGCGUGGAGAGCGUAGACAAGGAGAUGCAGGUAUUGGUGAGGCGGAUCGCAAGCUGGAUGGCUACUUACCUGAAUGACCACCUAGAACCUUGGAUCCAGGACAACGGCGGCUGGGACACUUUUGUGGAACUCUACGGGAACAAUGCAGCAGCCGAGAGCCGGAAGGGCCAGGAGCGCUUCAACCGCUGGUUGCUGACGGGCGUGACUGUGGCUGGCGUGGUUCUGCUGGGCUCGCUCUUCAGUCGGAAAUGACCAGACACUGACCACCCCUCACCCUCCCAUCCCCUGCCUUGUCCCACCACAUCCCUCCAUCCACCACAUUUGCAACCAGGAGAACCACUACAUGAAGCCCAUGCCCACCUACCCAUCCCAGGGUGGGUCUAGACCUGGUCCCUGGCAAAUAGUUUUCUAGAAUCCACCAUGCUUCUGUGAGAGCUGCCUUCCCCCACACCUCAGUUUUCUUGGCCUCAAAAUACAGUUUCCUUAGCAUCUGCCCCAUGGAGUCUGGUUUGGGGUAGGGGUGGGGGUCGGGGGAACCCUUAUUACCCUUAGCCUCUGAGGAUGCUUUCCUGGCAGGGAGCUGAAGUUUUCUGAACCUCUCCCGAGAGACUUGCCUUUGUUUCAAUGUUUGUGGUCUCAGAAUUGAUCAUUUCCCGUCCCCCUCUGGACCUGCCUUCCAUCCUCCCUUCCAUCACCACUCCCAAGAGCCAUUUAGAGGCCACUUCUAAUUAGGAAUUCAGGCUGCUUGGGAUCAAGAAGCAAAGACCAGGACUUCCUCCCCAUGUCUGGCCUGGCCAAAGCCCCCACUUCUAGUCUGAAUGUUCUCCAGAAGCCUCUGGCUAGAGGCCAACCCCAUCCAGGAAGGGGGCUGUCGCUGCCGGAGGCACCCCUGGGCACACUAGGGGGCCCUUGCAGUUUAGCACCAGCCUGGUCCCUUCCCCCCUCCCCUCCCUGGGCUCCCAUGACCAUGACUGAGGGACCAACUGGGCCCAAGACAGGUGCCCUAGAGCCCUUUACGGCCUCAGCUGCCUCACUUCCUGCAAGGAGAACAGCCUGUGGCGUCUUGGCCUUGGCUGUUGCCCGUGGGGCCCAGGGGCCUCAGCCCAGAAGUAAAGGGGAGCUACAGGGAGCAGCUGUGGGAGCCCUGGGGUCUUCCCUACCUCAGGCAGGAAGGACAGGAAGGAGAGCCUGGCGCACAGGGCAGGGGAGAGGUGGCUGGGGCCUGCUGUGCUCCGCCCUGGUCCAGCCUGGGCAGCUGGGCUGCCAAGGUCAGAGUGGCCUGGCCAGGAGCUCUUCAGGCCUCCUUCUCCCCUCUGUUCCACCCGCAGCCUGUCUCACCCCUGGGGCCCCCAGCGCAGCACUGGCCACCCCGGGCUCUCUGCUGUACAUAUUCGAGACUAGUUUUUAUUCCUUGUGAAAAUGAUAUACUAUUUUUGUUAAGCGUGUCUGUAUUUAUGUGUGAGGAGCUGCUGGCUUGCUGUGCGCGUGCACGUGGAGAGCUGGUGCCCGGAGAUUGGCGGCCUAAUGCUCCCUCCCCUGCCCUGCCCUGGCCUGGGGACUCUGGCCCCGGGGCUCCUAGCUUCUGAGGGGCACCUGUCCCUCCCCUGACCCACUCCCACCCUUGUUCCAGCUCUGAAAUAGUCUGUGUGAAGGUGAAAGUGCAGUUCAGUAAUAAACUGUGUUGAUUCGGUGAACAAA